ACUUCGAAAGGCGACACCCAGGACAGACGACGUCGGUGGUUGACGGGGAGCAGUCGGGAAUGCCUGCCUAGUGUUUGUUGAAUUCUCGAAUUUAACAUGUUCGCUCGGUAUCAGUUAUAAAUAUUCAAUGUGCGGUGUGAACUUCUCGAUUUAUCUAAUGCUGCAAACUGUCUUACAUCGUCAAGAAAGAAGUUAUUGAAAAAAACUGGAGAAUGAAGGCUCAGCUGGUGGGGCUGUGUGGUGACCUUCAAAGGGCCGACUGCAGAUUGCGGCCUCACCGCCAGCGACCGCAUACCUUGCAGCUCUUCACCAAGGUCAGAUGUAUCUUGCUAUUUCUUUCCAGGCUGGAGCAGUCUUCUACACGCGACACAUUACGUUCAAGAAGAGAAGUAUUUUUACUAUAUUUUGUGCAAUAUAUUCGUAACGUCUGAAUAUUGUACGAAUUGUGGCAUUGAGCCUGUGGUCAUCAAACCAUUUCGCAAUGUAGUGUGAUUCCAAGACAAAAUUUUAGAAGGAAGAUUAUUGGUAUCUAAGUAACUUUUUGUAUCAUUUAAUAUUGUUUUUUUUAGUUUAAAAAUAUAUUUAAUUCUCCUUGUUAAGGAAGUAAUGGCUUUGAAACUUUUUAUUGUGUAAAUGAUCAAAACGAUAUUGUUCUCCCCACGUCAUCUUUGUAGUAAUGAUGGAUAAUUUGUAAUGGUAUUUUUAUUACAUUUUAAUGUAUUAUGGAUAUGGAUACCAUUAAAUGUCUUGAA